AUGUCUGUGAAUCAUUCAAUGCAUGCUGGGAGUUGGACAAAGCUGACUUUGACUGAGUUGAAGAACUUGUGUGCAGCUUGUGGCCUCUUCAUAGAGGGUAAUAAAGAAGAGCUAGGUGAAAAACUACAUGCUUAUUUUGACAAAAGAAAAGAUAAAGGGCCGAAAGCGCAGUUGAAGAGGAGUAAUAGAGGACAAGAACCAGGGCCCAGAAAUGCUUAUAAUAGGACAGGAGAAGUAGUAGAUGUGGACUUGGAUAAAGAUAGAGGUGGUGAGUUUGAGAAUGAUUUAGAUGAAGACUUCCAGGAAGCAGAUAAUAGGAUUAGAGAGGAAUUUGCAGCGUGUUUUAGAGGAAAAGAGAAAGUAAAGUCAGUUCUUGUUGAUGUUUUUCUGACUGCUUUAAGUAGCAUUGAAAGAAAGAUGAAUAGAAAUUUCUUUGCAUUGUAUAGGGAGAUUGAAGAUGAAGAUAAAGCUUGGCCAAAAGUGUUGCCAGAGUCUAAUAAGAAGGAAAUUGCUGGUAUGCGUGAGGAAGUUGAGUCAAGGGCUGUUACUCUGAGAUUAGCAGAUAACAGAGGAUGGGGUACUGUAUUGCAGAUUGUAGGAAGUAAUAAUAAGAUGAUAGAGAAGUACAAGGAUCGUAUAUCUUUAUUUAGCCAGUCAGGGCAAUCUUCAUGCUUAUAUGAAUGA